AGCGUCACUCACCCUCUCAUCAGGUGGGAGGGACGAUGUACAACACUGGCCGCCAUGUCUCACUCCGACUCGACAAAGAGCACCUGGUGAACAUCUCUGGUGGACCAAUGACUUACAGCCAUCGUCUUGAGGAGAUCAGGUUACACUUUGGAAACGAGGAUGGACAGGGCUCUGAGCAUCUCCUCAACGGCCAGGCCUUUUCUGGGGAGGUGCAGCUUAUACAUUACAACCAUGAACUGUACACAAACUACACAGAAGCUGCUAAGAGUCCAAAUGGCUUGGUGGUAGUGUCUAUAUUUAUGAAGAUAUCCGAGACUUCGAAUUCAUUUCUGAAUCGGAUGUUGAACAGAGACACCAUCACAAGAAUAACAUAUAAGAAUGAUGCGUACCUUCUCUCGGGGCUAAACAUUGAGGAGGUAUAUCCAGAGACGGCAAGUUUUAUCACUUACGAAGGGUCUAUGACAAUCCCACCGUGCUACGAGACUGCAACUUGGAUUCUGAUGAACAAGCCAAUUUACGUCACAAAGAUGCAGAUGCACUCCAUGCGACUGCUAAGUCAGAACCAGCCCUCGCAGAUAUUCCUCAGCAUGAGUGACAACGUGCGCCCAGUACAGCCUCUGAACAACCGCUGUAUCCGCACCAACAUCAACUUCAGCAUGCAGGGCAAGGACUGCCCCAACAAUAGGGCACAGAAGUUACAGUACCGAGUGAACGAAUGGCUGCUGAAAUAGAGCCAGAAUGCGGACCAGCCCAAGAACACUAACAACAUGAAAAAGAACAAAGAGAAAUGCUCAUGGAUCAGUACAGAAUGAAGACUGACAUAUGUCCUGCCAGAUACAGUCAUGAUGUUGUAAAGAAAAACAACCAAACCCCAGCAAGAAGAGACUUUGCACCCAUGGCAAAGAGAUCCAAUUUCAUACAUCCAAUCAAAACUAGUGACAUACAGUUAUAACUACACAAAUGUUUUGAUACCUUUUUUGGGAAAAACACUAACAUAAAAUAUAACAUUUAUUUCAUAGGCUCUUCAUAAAUGGAACCGAGUGUUUUUAGCCUUUGUACAUAUGGACAACUUGCUUCCAAUCUGAGCAAAAGGGACAGGACAUUGAACCACCCUACCAAUACAGAAACAUCCUUGAAACAUAACUGUAUUCUCAAUCUUUAUUCUCGCUCACGCUGUGGAGAGGAGGGAGAGGCAGCCUUGCAGGUUUAUUGUCAAGACUAAAAAAACAUCAUAAAGACGACUAUGGAGUGAUGUCUGUGGAAAAAAAAAAAGU